UCCACCAUUACAACAUAUCUUUCUGCAAUAGGGUAUAUCCACAAGAUAGGGUGUUUUAGUGAUCCCACCCAGUUUUUUGUCAUUCGAAAAAAUGCUUGCUGGACUACGAAAAAGUAAUAUGAAGCCAGAUUUCAGACGGCCAAUAAUGAAAUGUAUAUUGCAUCAGCUCAUUAAUUCUCUGGAUCUUUUACAUCUUUCAGGAUACAACAGGAUCAUGAUUAAAGCAAUGUUUUUACUUGCAUUCCAUGCAUUCCUAAGGGUCGGUGAAAUCACAUGUAACGGCAAUAGCAAAAAUAUCCUUCAAAUGUCAAAUUUGCAGUUCUUCCGGAGAGGCAUGAAAUACCCGUCCAGAUUGAAAAUUAGCUUCCACACAUUUAAGGGGCAUUAUAACAAGGCACCAAUCACACUUGUUCUUAAUUCACAAUUAUCGGAGAAUCUUUGUCCUGUAGUCACGUUGUUUCAAUACAUCAAAGAGCGUGGACCAGCGCCAGGUAGCAUUUUUAGGUUUCCGGGAGGUAUAACCAUUUCAUACCGAUACUUCUGCAGUACAAGAAGUCACAGCUUUAGAAUAGGCGCGGCAAGCACGGCAGCAGAACAGGGGGUAUCUAAAACUGAUAUUCAAGCCAUGGGCAGAUGGCAUUCAAAUGCCUUUAAAAGCUAUAUUCGUAUCCCCUCCUUUGAAGUACGGUAAAUUUAAAAUAACCAGCAGGGGUGAAUUUAAAAUAACCAGCAGGGGUGUUUUAUAUAGGUAGACUACACCGAAUGCAGGGCAUUCUUGUGGUUUACCGUAUGAAAUCUAACCUUAUGGUAUUCGAUUC